AUGGAGGUGUUCUUCUUCCGCCGGCAUGGCAACCAUCGAUCUGGCUCGCCGCCGACGGUUAUCUGCGAGUCUCCUCUUCGCAGGCCGAUGCAACCCAUCACCCGGCGGAUUCUCAACCGUUCUCAGACCGCCGCUUCUUCUGGACUCGUCCCACUUGAUGGCGACCGACGCGUUAAUAGGUUCGUGUCCGAUUAGAAGCCUUACUUCGCCUCGAAGGCUUCAGCUUCAACUGAUUAUCUCAAAUCAACCAUUCUUCUUCUUUUUAUCAAAUUAUCUCAGACAUUGGUAACGCAAAACGGACGUUUCUGGGCGAUUCUAGGGAUCACUUAAGAGUGCUGAGGCCACUAAAGUGGUCACUAGAAAUGCCCCAACACGUCCGAUUUGCGUUACCAAGGUCCGAGAUGUAGAUUCCCUACAGUUUUUCCACAAGAACCCACUUUGAACUCGGACUUCUACUACCACAUUCUAUCAAAUCGCUGCCAAAAAAUCACUAUUAACGUGAACCUCUCAAUAGCAAACUGAACUGAAACGCACCUUUUCCGGUUAAUUGCUGAAUUUUUUUGAAAUGGACUUUUGGACUUUUUCGAAGUCCGAUUCAAAAACAGCUUUUUUAAUUUAUGGCUUCUCGGCACGCAAAUUCAGCGUGUCCAGAGGCCAUUUUUUCCUGUCGCCAGCACAGGUUCAAUGACGUCAGAUUUUUGAAACAUGCAAUUUUUUAAUUUUUCAAAAUAUAGUUUGAUUUUUGAUGUUUCUAGUUUCAGAUCCCACUCAGCCAGCGCCGGCUCACUACUUCCUCCAUCUUCAAGCGCAUCCACAAGCUCACAUCCCAAUGUAUGUACUUUAAAAGUUUCUGGAUCAUCGUCGUAAACUUGCGAGCAAAUUAAAAAAAGAAAAAGCUUGAGUGAGAAAUUUUUUUACGAAAAAGGGGCUUUUCCUCUGAAGCACUGGCAAAGUCGGAAAAGCCCUUUGAGCGUCCGUUUUGGGUCCAAAAGGUUCCAUUAAUUGUUCCUAAACGGGUUCCUUUUUACAGCCUUUUUCCAUCCUGUCAUCGGCCUUUAUCCACCCUUUUUGGACCAGUUUGCGGAACACAAAACUUUUUAAAUUGAGAAAAUUAUUUACCAACAUGAACCUAAAUGUGCUACAGUAAUAAAAUCAGAAAUCAUCAUCGGCCAAGAUUUUCAGCACCCUUUUUUGAGGCAUUUCAGCCCACCAAGAAUGAAAAGCCUAAUAAAGACUGCAAAACGGAACCCAUUUAGCGGCCAUUUUGCACGCGUUUUCCGCACUUCCGACUUUGGCAGUGUGAAAAGUUCCGGAAAAAGUAGAAUUUUUGAAGUCUAGAAAACUCGGACAAAAGUUCCUUUUCCAGGCUUCUCAUUUCCAGUAAUUUCCGUUGCACAACCCUGCUAGGUUUAGAUAUCAAAAGAUUGAAAAAGUCCCGUUCUUUUUCAAACUCAGAGGAUUAACGGAUAAAGUUACCUUCAAUCUCUUCGGGAAAACUAUAAAAAGUAUUAAAAAAUGAAAUUUUUCAGCUGAUCUGCGUUGAGUCAAAAAGUGGGACUCACUCACUGGAAAGCAGUUCUGCGGGAAGGAAAGGCGUAAAAAUGACGCUUUGCCGGACUCCGUCGUGCAGCGAAAGGCACGUCUUCAAGGUAGAUCUUUCUGGAUUCUGGAAAAGGUGUUAGUUUUAAAGGUACUGGAAUAUCUGCACAUGUGCAAUGUCGACAUCGACACGACGCUUCUUUGUUCUCGCGGCAUUCGCUACGUUAUCUCGUGUGGUAGGUUCAGAAAAACUACUAUCAAUGUUUUUGGCCUUCUGAAAUCACUCAAAAGGAAGGGUUCGGUUGGCAUUUUCCUGAAAGUUGGCUAGAACACUCCUUGAUAGACCAGAAGAACAUCCUGAAAGUCUCAACCUCCACAACUUCCUAGUUUUUAAGAAAGGACACCUAAGACUCAAAGAAAAUCCUCAAAAUUCAUAAAAAUAGGUUAUUUUAGGCUUUUAAAACCUUAUUUCUCGAAAACUAGGAAAUUAUGCAGGUUAAGACGUUCAAAGUCGUCUUCUGGUAUAGCUGAUUCACGGCUGGUUUGAGCCAUCGAGAAAAGGGUCCUGCCACGAAAAGUGACGAGACAGUGCCCUGGUUGGUGGAGAGUGCAGACAGUCCCCGCCUUUUUGCGUCCCAAGCUAGCCGUGAAUCGUCUAUAAAUCAAGGAGUGUUCAGGCCAAUUUUCACAAAAAUCCCAGCCGCUGAGUAAAAUGACCUUCCUUGUCAGAAGAAGCCUAGAAUCUUUAGUUUUUGGAAAUUUUUCAAGUCGUGGAAAUUUUAUAUUAUUUUCAACAUCAACCAGGAGUUAUAAAUCCACUUUUUUAAAAUAAAAACUUGAAUCCUAUACUUUUUUUCUUUCUUAUUGACAAUGUAUCUUAUACUCGCCAGUCGCGAAAAAAAUUCGCAAACGUCUGAAUCUCUUAUUUUUGCUCAAUGCUUCGCUAAUCGCCUAAAUACUUCCAUUUCAAGCCACGGUUAAUGAACUAUUUCGAACCAAACACCAAGAAGGUUUUUUUCAACUCAUCCUUUUUAUUCCAAUAAUCUGACAUAAUAGGCAGGAAAAAUUUCAUCCCGUGUCGAAAAAAGUUGGAUUCUAAAAACUUCCCUACAGUCUAUAGUAGCAGUUCUAACCCUAAUAUUACCGAUUCUGGGCGAUAUUUCGUGGAGAAACGUUUCAAACGCUUUCCCAAUACGACCAGAAUUCUUUCAAGUUCUCGAAAAUGUGUCCAUAGAAAAUCCAUAAAUCAAAUCAACUUGAAGGUAGAAGCAGAUCUCUGAAGAGAUCGACGUCGUUUGAAUGUUUGCCCGUCGAGACUCCCGUCAUCUUCGAGUUCGACUUGGACCAAGAUGCUCCACCUCAGGCAGGCUUCAGUUGUUCCAAAAACUUUACUUUUCCAUAUUUUCCUUGUAAGGACAAUUUUCCAAUGGAUAAAUGCUCUGAAGCAGUCUAAAAAAUAUUAUACUUCUCAUAUAGAGUUGGAAAGACGCCUACAAACAUUGUAUCUUCAUAUACAACUACAAUACUUUCUCUUCCUUCACAAAUUAUCGUCGAUUACAGAAACUGGUGAACAAGUUCUCGGAAGUAAACCAAGUGAUAGCCGAAGCACGACAGAAAGCUUCUCAGGUGAUGAUAAUAGACCCUCGACGGAGAUUAGGUGAGUAACGUCUUCUUACCGCUUGAGCGGCGUCGGCGCCCAAAGUCGAUUAGCCGAGUGAUCCCUAUAGGGUAGGGUUAAAAAGGUCCUGGGGUUUUAGGGUCUGACCCCUUAGUCCCACAAGUGGACCCUACAGAAGGCUUCAACGGCCCUUAUAGGGGUUGGUAAAGUGGCUCCUAGAGCGAAACUUUAAGGGUUCCAAAGGUUGACCUUAUAGGGACCACUCCGGAGUUCCUAAGGGUGUCAGAAGGGCCCGAAAAGAUCCUGCAGAGCGGCUUCUCCCCUUUACCCACCUCCACCUGCCCAACUUCUCAUAGUGACAACUCCAGGGACGACGCUCGCCAUCCAGCACAUCAUGUGGUACUACGAACUGGACGUCGAGCGGGCUCUUGGACACUGGAGAAAAGUCUCGGGAAGCAAGGAGGGUCUCACGCCCAACUGCAUGCACUCGCUCACUCUCUGGCAAAAGUCUUUGGUUUGUUCUGGAGAUGUGACUCAAUGGGAAAGAAAACAUGGAUAG